AAAUGAAGAACCUAAAAUAAAGAAUAAAUGUAAUAGAAGCAGCAGUGAAAAUAAAUUCAGAACAAUCUUUUGAAAUCCCAGAAAGUCUGAAUUAUUAAAAAGAGAAUUUUAAUUUAACCGCCAAAGAAUAAAUAAUAGAGUUAAUUUUAAACAUUGAUGUAUAAAAAGAUUUAGAAUAAAGUGCAGUUAGUCCACGUCGAAUUUAUACAUAAUAAUCAAGUGUAAGAAGGAGUUCUAGUUGUAAAAAAUUAGAAUCUUAGGAUAAAAUAAUAGAAGUAUGCGAAACUUUUGAGAAGAGAAAAUUUAUAAAAGAAAUUUGUUAAUAAAAUUCAAUUUAGUUAUAAUGGACUCAUUCAAAAUAAAAAGUAGAAUAUAAUUUAGAAAUGGGGAUUGGGAUGAAAAUAAAAGGAGUUGAAUAAUUUAAAUAGAUUUAUUAGGGAAUAGAAUCAUAAUUUACAAUAACUGGGUUAUAAACUAAGACAAAUUAUAAAUUUAGAGUUUAAAGUAUAUUUGAUAAUAAGAGAAGUGAAUUUAGUGAAAUAUUAAAUUUGGCAACUUUAUAAUAAUAAUGCAUUGAGGAUAGUUUAAUAAUAUCUAAGAGAAUAAUAAAUAAUGAUAUAUAAGUUUAAUUUGAGAAACCUGGAUUGAUUUUAGGUACAAAUCCUUUAUAUUUUGGAAUUUGUUAAUGGGAAAUAAGAUUGAUAAUAAAUGGAAUAAUUGAAGAUUUAACAGCAAGUUUGGUAGUAGGAGUAGCAAGUAAAUAAAGAAAGAUAAUUGGAACAACAUUGAAUUAUGGUUAUUAAAGAGAAUCUUUAGUUAUAAAAGUAUAAGUUGAUAUGGAUAAUAAAUGUAUGAUAAUAACAUCUAAGAUGCAUCCAAAUGGAGAGAGAUUCUAAAAUAUAGUAGGACCUGUAUUUCCAGCAUUUUAGAAUAAAAAUACACAUAAAGGAUCAGGAUGUAAAUUAUUGAUAUAAUAUUAAUAAUUAUGAAUAAAAAAGAAUUGAGAAAGAUUAAUUCUUAUGUCGAUAAAGAAGUACUUAAUUUGACAUGUGGUCUUUAUCCAUUUGCACUUUUUUCAUAAACUAAACCACUUAAUCAUUAAAAAUGGACUUAAGAAGAAAUUCUAUUAUCUAAUUAGAAAAUUUCAAAAGUAAAGGCAUGGGUUCCAGAAUAAGAAAGAGGUUCAUUAUAUAAUGGAGAAAAAGUUAAUUUUGAUCCUGAAUAUCUUGAAUUUAAAGAAGGAGAAAUUAGUAUUGAUAAUGAUUGGAGUUUUGAAGAAACUUAAUAUUUAUUCAAUGAAUUGAGGAAUUAUAAUUAUAAUUUUAUAGUUCUUUAAGAUAGAUAUUCAUAUCAAAAUAAAAAUAGAGAUAUCUAUGAAUUAAAAGAUAGAUAUUAUAGUGUUGUAAAUGAAGUUUUAAAAAAGAGAGAUGAAAAAUCACAUUUUCUAUAUGAUUAUGUUUAUGAUGAAGAAUAUGAUAGAUUUAGAAAUAUGGAACUUGAAAAAUAUUUAAAAAGAACAAAAUAGAUUUGUGAUGAAGAGAAGAAAUUAUAAGAAGAUUUAAGAAAAGUUGAUUAAUAAAUUAAAAAAUAAGAAAAGGAACAUAAAAGUUUAUGUAAAUCUAUUAAUCUAUAAGAAUAUAAUGUAUUAUAAUCAAUUAAUUAUUAAUUUUAGGAUAUUGAUGAUAAAUCUAUUAAUUAUCUUAUUGAUAUGGCAUAAAAGAAUGAAGAAAUUAAAAAGAAUACUUCUGAGAGAAUUGUUUAUUUAAGAAAUAAAUGGAUUAAUGAAGCUUUACCAUUGCCUACAUCUAUUAAAGAUAAAUUGGAUAGAUAACUUAAAGAAGUUCUCUAAAACAAUAAAUUAGCAUUGAAUUAAGAAAUUGAAGAACUAUUCUGCAAUCUUAGAAAACUCUAAUUAGGAGUAUUGAGUUAAUAGAGAUUAUAAAAAAGAAGAGAAUAAGAUAAAAAAUAUUGGGAAGAUAAAAUUAAAAAACUUAGAGCAUAACAUGAUUCUUAAUAAGCUAGUGAUAUGAAAACUAAAAAAUGAG